AUGUUGGAGAUAUUUUUGUUUGCGUUGCUUUUUCCUUUGGCGAUUAGCAGUGAUGUAAUCCCUCUAACGAAGAAGACGAGAGAUGAAAUGGAAAAGCACCCCGUUGCCCUUGUGAAGUACUAUGCACCGUGGUGUGGCCGCUGCAAAGAGCUUGCACCUCAUUAUGAAGAAGCCGCAGAGGAGCUAAAAAACAGAGACCCCUCUGUGCCCCUUUUUGAAGUUAAUUGCGAUGAGGAAACUGACAUGUGUAAUGAAGCAGGAGUUCAAGGCUACCCCACUCUUAAAGUUUACAACUAUGGUGAAUACAUGGAAGAGUUUGACGGCGAGCGAACAAAAGAUAGUAUUGUGAAUUUUAUGGCUUUGCGCGCCGGACCUCCUGCUAUCGAAAUACCUGAUGAAAGUCAGUAUAAGGAACUACUAGAAGGUGACGACUAUGUAAUUUCGCUUCAAUCCAAGAAGUCUGAUGAGAUUGAUGAAUUCGAAAAGUUGGCGCGAAAGUUCAGAAAGUUCUUUAAAUUUGUUUACACAAAGAGUGGUUUCCUGACUGGAGACGAAAUUGGAAGACAGCUAUCAAAACGGUUAUUCCAUAGUGUUGGGAUCGCUGGUAUCCGUGACAAAAAGAUGAAGGAGUUUUUUAAAAAGCCUUUGUUGGUGGUAUAUACACAGAUUAACUUUGAGCGGAACCCGUCAAACAUCCGCUAUCACAGGAACCGUCUGAUAUCGGUGGCAAAGGAUAGUAAAUCGGAGUUGCAAUUUGCUCUUUCGGACGCAUCAACAUUUGCUGAUGAGCUCUAUGAAAUGGGUUUCAGCAUAACGGAUGAGAGCGCUACGGUGAUAAUCAUGGGAGAAAAUGGAAAGAACUACUUGAUGAGUGAGAAAUUUGGUGUACCGGAGCUAAAGAAGUUUGUUAACGGCUUUGCCGACGGAUCUCUCAAACCAUACAUAAAAUCGGAACCGAUACCGGAGAAGCAAGAAGGCAGCGUUACAAAGGUUGUCGGGAAAAAUUUUGAGGACGUCGUUUUCGACAAAUCAAAAGACGUUCUUGUCGAGUUUUAUGCACCCUGGUGUGGACACUGUAAAGCCCUAAAACCGAAGUAUGAAGAACUUGCCAAAAAACUUUCGAAGGAAAAGGAUAUAGUCGUUGCUGCUAUUGAUGCAACAGCGAAUUCCUUCCCACCUCUCUUUAAUGUUCGUGGAUAUCCAACCAUAUAUUGGGUUCCCAAGGCUUCCAAGGACAAACCUAAAGCAUAUGAGGGUGGUCGCGAGGUUAGUGAUAUGCUUAAAUUUGUUGCCAAGUCGGCGACCGACGAACUGACUCAUUACACUCGUGAAGGCCAGCCAAAGCAGGAAGAAUUGUAG